AUGGUAAUUGAUAUGUACUAUCAUCCAAUGAGUUCGCCAUGUCGUGCUGUUAUGCUAACAGCCGAGGCACUUGGUAUAAAUUUCAAUUAUAAAAUUGUCGAUUUAUUAGCUGGUGAAAAAUUGACACCAGAGAUAAAUCCACAAGAGACAAUUCCAUUUAUGGUUGAUGACGACUACAGUUUAAGUGAAAGUCGUGCUAUAAUGUGCUAUUUAGCUGAUCAAUAUGGUAAUCAGAAUACAAAAUUGUAUCCAAAAAGUAUAAGAGCUCGUGCACUUGUUCAUCAACGAAUGCACUUUGAUGCAAGCACACUUUACACUGCUAUUUCAAAUUACUAUUAUCCAGUUGUAUUUCGAGGUCAAACUGAGUAUGUUGAAGCUAAUUAUGAAAAAAUGAAGGAUGCUUUUGGUAUACUUGAAAAAUUUUUAGAGGAUCAAGCUACUGAUUUUUGUGCUGGUAGUGAUUUAACAAUUGCAGAUUUAGCACUGAUUGCAACUGUUUCAACAGCUGAAGCUUUUGGCUUUGAGCUCGAUGAGUAUAAAAAGGUUGCCGAAUGGGCGGAUAAAGUGAAAAGUUCGGCGCCUGGAUACGGCAAUGCUUGUGAUGAAGGUCUUGAAAUACUAAAGGGACUUAUGGCUGAAACGAGUGUAGAAUAAGUUUCAUUCAACAUGACCUUAAUAAAUAGUUAAAGCACUAUAUUUUUUUUUCUUUUUAUUUUAUUCAAUUUAAUUAGUGUAUGUAUAUAUUAUUAUUUCAUUGUUCUUUUAUUCAAUGUGAAAAUUGAAACCAAUAAUUGAUUAUCAACAAUACAAAUGCUUUGUAUUUCUAUGAAAAUAUUAGAGAUAAUGAGCAAUUAAAUAAAUGUAAUUGAUAUCGAAUAAAUUACAAUAUUUAUGUUAA